AUGGGUAAAGACGAAAAGGAGCUCGAGGGAGGCUUCGACUCGACGCCGCUCGUCCCCACCGCGGGCACGACGUACGUCGUCCGCAUCACGUUCAUUGCCGCCCACCACCUGCCGCCAGGCGACCAGGCGUCGGGGUCCGCGGACGCGUUCGUGCUCGCGCAGGUCAACUCGUCCGUGGCCACGCGGCACAAGCACGACCCGCACAUCCGGUUCCGCACGCCCACGGCACACCGCACGCUCGAGCCCAGGUGGAACACGGCGUGGGUGCUCGCGGGCGUGCCGGCGAGCGGGUUUGAGCUCAAGGCCCGCGUCUACGACGAGGACACGGGCACGCAGGACGACCGUCUGGGCACGGCAUACAUCACCACCGGGCCGUUGAAGGAGGGCUGGUCGCUCGGUGGCAACCGUGUCACCGCCGUCGGUGCCGUUGGUGCUGGCGACGGCGGCGGCGGCCAUCGCAACAGCCUCCAUGGCGAUAGCCUCCGUGGCGACCAGGGCGGCGCUGAUGGCCAGCUGGCUGGCGAGCUGGUCGAGCUGCAGAAGCGCGGGGCGAGCUGGCGUGCGCUGGCUGCCAAGUCGUGCUGUGGGGCGUUUAGCAAGCACGCCCGCGGCGACGCGACGCUGCGCAUCGCCAUCGAGGUGCUGGGCCCCACCGAGGACGAGUGUGGCAAGCUCUACACCGUCAAUAGCUGUUGGUACAUCCACUACUCGCCACUCAUCGGCCGCAUGGUCGGCACCACGACGAGACGGGACGGCGACGAAACGGCAAACUUCCAAGCAAACGAAAUGCAGCUGGUCGGGCCCGUCCCCAACGAGCUGUACCACCGUUUCGUCGACUUUUCGUUCUUUGUCAACCGCAUGUUCCAGCCCAAAGGCGCCCGCGGACACGUCCUGCACGCCGCCCUCCAUCGCCAGCACUGCCAGAUAUACCACUUUGACGAGGCGACAGAGUACGGCACGCUCCCUGGCCCCGGACGCGACAUGGCCCGUCGCUUCCUCGACAUGGCGCACUGGGGCGAAGGCGACCGCAUCUUUACGUACAUUAUCAACCUCGACGGCCUCAUGCGGUUCACCGAGACGGGCAAGGAGUUUGCCAUCGACCUGCUCAGCAAGCACACCAUGCACUCGGACGUGAACGUCUACAUUGCCAUCUCUGGCGAGUUCUUUGUGCGCAAGUACGAGCCCGGACAGCAGAGCGACGGCGGCGGCGGCAGCGCCAACGGCGAGAUUGAUACCGCGGCGCCAUCCCACAGCCUCCUCCGUGAGCGCAAUGACGGCGGGCAAGACCAGGCGCACGUCGACGAGAGCCGGGAUUCACAAGCGACAGCGGCCGAAGCCACGGCUGCAAGCAGCGCCCAUGUAGCCCCAGACACCUCUGUGCCGAUUGGCACCGACGUCAAUGUCGGGGGCAAGGGCGAGGCGAGCUCAAACUCCAACUCAAAGUCGAAGCCUGCCAGGCGGACGCCGAUCCAGCCCGCACGUCCCAAGCUCGUGACGGCCCUGCACGGCGCCGAGGACGACCGUCCGCUCGAGCCAGAGGCGUACGAGCUCGUCAUCGACAACGACUCGGGCACGUACCGGCCCAACAAGAAGGUGCUGCCGCUGUUCGAGCGCUUCCUCGCUGCCCAGUUCCCAGGGCUGCACAUCAAGACCAUGUCCAGCGACGACGACCACUUGCAGGCCAUGAAGAAGGAGCGGCGCAAGCGCAAGGCCGAGCGCAACCAGGGUCGCGUGUACGCCGCGUCCGCGGGCGACCUCAGCUCCAUCGAGAGCUCGCGCGCGUCCAGUCCCGACGGCAGCGACGACGGCGACGACGGCGGCCGCAACUACCUCCGCGGGACCCGGGAGAAGGGCUUGGACUUUAUGACCGACCCCAAGGGCGCCGUUGGGGACAAGUGGCACGGGUCAAAGGUCCACGGCGCAAUCCACAGCGACCACCACCACGGGAACCACGGGAACCAUGGGACCCAUGCCGAUGCGGGGGCCGGGGGCAGCGAGCUCGAGCCCGUGAAUGAAAAGGCCGAAAACUAG